AUGUUCAAGCCAAAAGCACGGUUCUGCGCGGCAAAUGGUGUAUUGUUGAAUUGGGAUAGGCAUCACAUCAUCAUGGAAUCGGGUCUAAGGCAUUUUGAUGAGAGAUAUGAUCCAGAGUGCUGGGGAUGUAUGGGUCCUCGCUUGAUGGGUAUAUUAAUUCCCCGAUAUCCAACCACUUUAACGUUGCUGGCAGAGAAGUUGUUCUAUCCUGUGCAUUAUCGAGAGGCCAAACGGUAUCUCUGCCAGUCCAGCGAAGCGGGGUGCGCAAAAAUAAUGAGGAAUGCGGUUGGCUAUCAUAUAUACGGUAAUAGUGUAGCGCACGAGGGUGUGAGUCCAGGCUCACUGGCGGAUUGUGUUAUGAACAACGUACGGUUGGAAAGAGACGGUAACAGCGCUUUAAUAGUGAGGAAGCAGCAGCGAACGGCACUGUAG